CCGCCUGGCUUUCAGUUCCUCCCUGUAGGCACGCCUGAGCUGGCUGAGAGAUGCAAGGAGAUAUCAAGGAUUCGGGGUCUACCUGUUGAUAUCGUCAAUGCCGAUCCAUUGAACAAAAAUGGCAAAGACGAGAAUAAAGUAUCUCAUCACAUCUUGCGUGUUGGAUAUCAUUUUCGUGCCGAGGUCGUCAACGACGCGUGUGCCGAUUUAGGCUAUGUAAACGUACGUGGCAAAUAUAUGAAAGCGACAGAGGCCAGUACGCAAAGCAUACUUGCCAGGACCAUGAUGAGUCACGGCCUUCGGCCUGUUCCGGGCGCUGGACUGGCUCCUGAACGGGAGACUGAUGAGCAAAUUCGCGCUGCCGUGAAAGAACUUUUCCCGAAGAUUCCUGACGAAGAUCUUGAAGCGAUCAUGCAGCAUGCGUGGGCCGAGGGUAGCGGACGGGUGGGAAAUGCUGCAUUCCUCACUCUUUCACGUCGUGUUCAACUCGCAACCAUAGCCCGGAUUCGGCAUCGGUACACUGAUUACGACCGGCUUCUUCGUGCUUUUGAGUGGAAGCAAGCGCGCCUGGAAGUUGAACCCGUCUGUGUGCAAAAACUACUCGAAUGGCGAGGUGAGAAUGAGGAAGAUGACCAGGUCGAGGAAAUUGUGCGCGAGGUCAUUGUCAUCGACGACGAUGACGAUGACGAUCAAGGCGGCAGUGCAAAUAUGGUGCAAGCCCGCGACUCUAGGAUGGAGACGUCGUACCAACGCGUCGCUUACGAGGAC